GCGGCGCCCGGCCCGGCGCGUGUAGCGCACUGAUGGGGGCCCCUUGUCUGCUGCAGGUGAUGAGCGCCCUGCGGUCGAAGCACCACUGCGGCGAGGAAGAAGCCCGUGUCAUCUGCGAGAAGGUCCAGGACAAGCUGCUCAAGGAGUGCCACGAUCCCGCCAAGAUGUGCAUCACCGACCUGCGGAUUUCCCACUGGGAGGAGGCGAUCCAGGAGACCAUCGGGGGGGAGGUGAACCGCAACCUGGCCGCCGAGUGCUAUUUCCUGUGGAAAACGACUCGCCUCCGGCACCUCACUCUGUCUCAGGACACGCGGGACAUGCUCACCGAGAUGCGGAAAGGGGUCCGCCUGCUGCUCCUAACUAACGGCGACAGGCAGACGCAGCGGGAGAAGAUCGAAGCGUGCGCCUGUCAGCCCUACUUCGACGCCAUCGUCGUGGGAGGAGAGCAGAAGGAAGAGAAACCGGCGCCAUCCAUAUUUCAUUACUGCUGCGAUCUCCUGGGGGUGCAGCCCACAGAGUGUGUUAUGGUUGGUGACUCUCUAGAUACAGAUAUUCAAGGAGGCCUGAAUGCUGGCUUGAAAGCAACUGUCUGGUUAAACAAAGCGAUGACUACCCCAGUAGACACCUCCCCAGUACCUCAUUAUAUUAUUUCUUCUGUUCUGGAUCUUCCAGCAGUGUUACAGAAGAUGGAGCACAAAAUUAAUGCUAAGUUAGGAACUGACCGUACGGCUGAUAGCAAUGAAACACACUGAUGGUUCCAGCAUACAGUCAGGGACGUGCUGGGAUGUUAGGUGACUCAAGCUUUUUUAGAAAAUUCAACCCUAGGAUUUUGAGCUCAUGGAUGGUGUGCUUUCUUAAACAGCAGGUGGUUGAGUAAGAGCACAGUUGUCAGUGAAAAGAGGAUAGAAACAAAGAGCUAGAUUACCUUAAAAGAUGCAAGUGCAGUUAAUUUAAAAUAGCUGCCUCUAUCUGGAAAUCAUUUUGACAAACUGUGUCUAGCUGUCUCUGACCUAAGGUGCCAGUCUCUUUAUAGUGCAAAAGAAAAUGUGAAUGUUUUGAUCUUUCACAUGCUUUGCUGACUUGUAAAUUUAGCAGAAACUUCAGUUCAGACCUUGUUUGCAGUGUGUAAAAGAAGGUGAGAAAGAGUGUGGUACAAUCUGGUAAACCACAAUUGAUCUGCAGUUUAUCUCGGGAACUGGAGUGAAUUUAUUGACAGAAUUUAUUAUGUAUCAGACCAUUAGAAAAUGUUCUACCUUUUGAUCUGUUUUCAAGUUUUAUAAUUUUUUUCAGACUUUGCAGUGAAUCUUCUUUUAUAGAAUCUGUACCUCUUGCCAAAAGUACUUAAAUGUGCAUUAAAAAUUUGCAUUUGUGUAGGGGACCAUUUAUCAGAGGACUUGAUGGAUAAGUUUUUUACUUUAUAUUAUCUUGGUGCUUAUGCAGAUACGUAAUAUACUUGUAAUUCAGAUUGUGAUUUUUGUUGGAAUGUAAUAGAUAAAACAGGGAUAUUUUCAAUGGCCUUACUGUACUGUCAGACUCUUUCAAAGCUAAUAUUAUUGUUCUGUCUGAUUUUGUUCGUGAAUUUUGAUCAGACUUUUUGGAGAAACUUCAUGGUCUUGCUCAGGUUUAUGACUACUCAGAUGCUGCUGCAGGAUCGGUGCUUUUUUUUUGACCGUUUUAAUGUCACUGCUAUGCUAUCCCUCCUUACUCCAGUUUCUACAUGUAUUUUGUGUGAUUUACUCUGGAGAAAAUAUGAGCUAGUUGUUUGUAAAUGGCUUUCAUGACUCUCUUGAGGAAAUUGGAAAAUUAUGUCAUAUGCAUUAUAGCACUGUGUACAACUUUAUAAUGCGUAUGUGCUAUUUCCACUAGAUGCAGGAGCUGACUCUCUAAAACACUAAGAUUUCUUAUUUCCCAGAUCAUUAUCUUAAUAAUUUAUUUUUUCUGUACUUUAUAUUCUUACUAUAAAAUGGGAAAGUAGUCACAUAUUAGAUGGAAACAUAAACACUUGUUGGAAGACCUGUGCUUUUCAAAAUCUGUUUGCUAUAUAUACAUUGGGUGGAAUAUCUGACCAUAUGUGAACAAUCGUGUAUUUUGGAAUAAAUCCAUGACAAAUCUUUUGAGAACAGGGAUAUUGAUGUACUGGCAGAAUAGUGUCUGGCACGUGGGCAGCAAUAAAGAUCAGCAAAAAGUACAGAAACCUACCAGGAUAUGGGUGUAUAGAAGGAAUCCUGUAUACAAGAAAGGUUCCUUUGUUUAACUUGACGUUAAGUUAAUGUAAAGUCCUGCAUAGGAUGGCAGAUUCGGUUUAGAGGUGGCUGUUACUGAUGGGAGUUAAAUCAUUGGCAAAGAGUUUUUAGGCUGCAUCAAAAUAUGUUGCUCCAACAUUGAUGGGAGAAAAACAAACAAAAAAAAGGAAAUGCUCAUUAAAAUUCAUUCAGUUGUCCCUUAAAAAAAUUAAAGCAGUCCAAGUUCCUCAUGUUAUCUAGCCAAGACCUCUGAGACAUCAGGAUCAAUGAAGA